GAGACGGAACAGCGGCCCGCCAGCGUGGAGAUGCAGCUUCGGAGACCCGGAGCGGAAAGGCGGCUACUGGCGCCACGGCCUCGGGGACUCGGCUCCGCGGGCGCUCAAGGCUGAAGGCUCCAUACCCUCCCCCAAGGGUGGCACGAACACCGGCUGGCACCAUCUUCGUGCCCCGAAGAUUCCUGCCCGGGACCUGGGAGCUCCAGUAAAGAACACCUCCUGGUCUCUUGAAUGGAUAGCAGAUGCUCACGCUUCUUCCUCCAGCAAGAAGUCCCAAGCCCGGCACACUUGGGCAUCAGAGGGUGGAACCGCACCCCUGUACGCAUUCACCCCGAAGUCUCUCAUCCUCGAACUGAAGACAGUACCCACCCAACUCCUCCCUCUCCGCCCCUCUUAGUUCACCCAAUAAGCACAACUCCUCCAAAAAAAAUUCCAGCGGAAGAAGACUCUUCAACGGAAAAGUGACUGUCUCUCGCAAGAGAAGGGAGAGCUCCCGGGAAAGAAAGGCGAGGACCCCUGGCCUCGAGAUCUCCAUUCCGGCCCCCGGCACCAGGUUCCCAAGGCCGCGCGAAGGAAAGGGUACGGCGCAGGGCAGGGACAGGGUGCGCGGGCAUGAAGUUGGAGGUGUUCGGCCCCCGCGCGGCCCACGGGGACAAGCCAGGUAGUGAUCUGGAGGGUGCAGGCGGCAGCAACGCGCCAUCUCCGCUGUCGGCAGCUGGCGACGACUCCUUGGGCUCGGACGGGGACUGUGCGGCCAACAGCCCCGCGGCGGGCGGCGGCGCCGGGGAGCUGGCGCGCUCGCCCGCCCGCCAGGAGGGGUGCUCCAGCCCUGCGGGCAAGUUCUCCAGCUCCUUCGCCAUAGACAGCAUCCUCAGCAAACCCUUCCGCAGCCGCCGCGACGGGGAAGUGGCCCCCGGGGCGCGGCUGCCAUGGGGAGCCUCGCCCUGUCCGCCGCUGCCCACAUAUCCCGCGCUACUCCCCGGAGCCUCCGGAGGGGCUCUGCUGCCGCUGUGCGCUUACGGUGCGACCGAGUCGGCGCUGCUGGGCGCGCGCGGAGCAGACGCGCAGUCCGCCGUGCAGCCCGCCGUGCCACCCGCCGCACCUCACCUCCUGCUCGCGCCCCUCUCCGCCUCGGCCCCAGCCAAGCCAUUUCGAGGCCCGGCGGCCGGCGGCGGCGCGCACCUGUACUGCCCCCUGCGGCUGCCCGCGGCCCUGCAGGCGUCCUCGUCCUGUGGCCCCGGCCCGCACCUUCCUUACCCAGUGGAGACGCUCCUGGCCUGAGCAGCGCCGCGGAGCCAGGCAAGGGUGGGCGCUGUCGGGGAGGCAGGAAACGCAGGCCAGGGCUUUGCAUUUUCUAGCCAGACAAAAAAAGACGUUAAAAAAAAAUCUCCAUCAAACGUGCCUUAAAGCUAAAGCAUUUUUGACAGAAGUGUUUUAAUUUAAUUCAGAAUAUUUUCCUUCUUCUUUUGUGACUUUACAGAAGACCAAACCAAUUCUCCAUAAUUGUUUUAGGUUCUUGACCAAGCCUGUCCCUCCCUCACUUCACAAAGACUUUUCCUAUCUUCUUACCCCCCUUACCCUUAUUCCUAUCUUUGUCGCACCCUCCAUUGAUUUGUCCCUUAAAAAAAAAAAAAAUCAGGGAACCAUUCCAUAUGAUAAAUGAUAUGACUACUGUUUGGGGUUUAAUGGCCCCCGCUCCAUGUAAUUAUGUGGCAUUUACAGGCAUGACUGAGUGUGAGAGAGGUGUCAGAGAAUCUUCAGUCAUUUCUCUGCUAUUGACCAAUGCUUCACUGUGCCAAAAGAUUAAAAAAAAAAAAAGUUGGGUUUUGUAAUUAAAUUAUUUAUAUAUUUUUGAGGCCUGAGUUGAAAAUGUUGCAGGCAACGGGCUACAGCUUUAUUAGUGGUUCGGUGAUCUCUAACUGUGGUCUCCUUGGGCCAAGCAAUUUCUUUAAAGGAAAAGUUAGCAUUAUGUAUGUGGGGUGCCAGGACCACUGCCACGUGAAAGCAAGUGUGAUUUUUAUUUUUAAUAUUAUUUUAUUUGUGUCUGUACAUAUUCAUGUAUAAAUUUUAUGAAACCCAGGCAUAGUGCUUAUUUUUAAUAAAAUUCACAACUGACUUUAGCACUUUGUGGU